CUUUUCGGCCUGUUCUCUGUGAAGUAGACUAACCGAGUUUUCUAACCUUUCAAACUUGGGUUAGUGCUAGCUGACUCACAGCUGAGUCUGGACUGUGCUGUUGUGAUCUUUUCCACCUGCCUGUUCCACCUUCCUUCGAUCGCCGACUUGUUGAAUGUUUCCCUCAUCUCCUGUGCCCUCUGCCGCAUCUGGACUAUUGUCUCUGGAAUCGAUCUACAUUGGAUUUUCCUCGCUAGAUCUCUUGGAUUACCCUCAGACUUUCCCUCGGCCCCGUGAAAUGGCCUCUACCUCUGAAGCACCUCUCUUCCUGGCUCUCUCAUUAGUAACUCAGCCACUCUUUUAACAUUUGAUGGGACCCAGUUGUCAAUCUCUGUGUCCAAGUGGAAGAGCACCAUGCCGUGGACAUCGAUGUUUACCACUGUCCCAAAUGUGAUGUCCAACACGGACCCUCCUUGAUGAAAAAACGUAACAACUGGCACCGGCAUGACUACACAGAGCCUGACGAUGGCAGCAGGCCGGUGCAAGCAGGGACCUCUGUGUUUGUACGAGAGCUGCAGAACAGGACCUUUCCCAGUGCGGAUGAAAUCAUGGUACAGAUGCAGGGCCAUCAGGUAACACAGAAGUACCUGGAGAAGCAGGGCUUCCGCUACCCCAUCACCGUUCCCAAACUGGAUGGACUUGGUCUCAAGCUGCCCCUCUCCAGCUUCUCUGUAAGGGAUGUGGAGGUGUACGUUGGUGGUGACAAAAUUGUGGAUGUCAUUGAUGUUGCCAGACAGGCAGACAGCAAAAUGAAGCUUCGAGAGUUCGUCAAGUAUUACUACAAACCUUAUCGGCCAAAGGUGCUGAACGUGAUCAGUCUGGAGUUUUCAGACACCAAGAUGGCAGAGCUGGUGGUGGUGCCUGAUAUCGCUCAGAAGAUGUCCUGGGUUGAGAACUACUGGCCAGAUGACUCCUUCUUCCCUAAGCCUUUUGUCCAGAAGUACUGUCUGAUGGGGGUGAAGGACAGCUACACAGACUUCCACAUAGACUUCGGAGGCACAUCCGUGUGGUACCACGUACUCUGGGGAGAGAAGAUCUUCUACUUAAUCAAGCCGACCCAGGCUAAUCUUGCACUAUACGAGGCGUGGAGUUCCUCCCCCAACCAGAGCGAGGUGUUCUUCGGCGACAAGGUGGACAAGUGCUACAAGUGUGUGGUGCCGCAGGGAACCACUGUCCUCAUCCCGACAGGAUGGAUCCAUGCUGUUCUCACCUCUCAGGACUGCAUGGCUUUCGGAGGGAACUUCCUCCACAAUCUCAACAUAGGCAUGCAGCUCAGGUGUUAUGAGAUGGAGCGGCGGUUGAAGACUCCUGACCUAUUCAAAUUCCCUUACUUUGAGGCCAUCUGCUGGUAUGUGGCAAAGAAUCUACUGGAGACUCUAAAGGAGUUACGAGAGGAUAACUGCCAGCCCCCAGCCUACCUGACAGAAGGAGUGAAAGCCUUGAUUACUGCACUGAAGAACUGGCUGAAGCGAGAGGUCACAGAGCCGGCCAGCGAGGUCCCGGACCAUAUCAGACCCAACCGUCUAAUUAAAGAACUCACAAAGGAAAUCCGCUACCUGGAGGAGGAGCAGCAGAGUGGUGCUGGAGGUAGCAAGCCAAUGAAAUCUCAGGGAAGUGGAGGAUGCCCGCUGACUCGGUCGACUCUGGACCGGGCUAGGCAUCAUGCUCGCAGGACUGCCAGACGGCUACGGCACCACCACCAUCAUCACCACGCGCCCAAGACGCCCUCCAACCUGGAGAUCCUGGAGCUGCACACGCGACAGGUGCUCAAGAGGCUGGAAGUGGGACCCUUUGAGGAGGAUGCCCCGUUCAGCUCCACGGUGACGGCCAAGUUCAACAAGGCAUCUGUGGCAUCUGCUGCAGCUGUGGAGCGGAGCCUGGACAACAACCUACGUCUGGUGAUGUGCCACGGCCGGAUUAUCAGAGAUGAGCGUUGUCACACCAAGGUGAAGAAUAGUCCGGUGUGGGAAGGUGAGAGGACUGGUGGCCAUCAGUUGGGAGGGGUCCUGGUGAAAACAGAAAUCAAUGACACCAUGCAGGAACAGCACAGAGACCCAGAGAGAGGGGAGAUACCGAGCUCUCUCAGCAGUGAGUCUAACUGGUCAAGUCACCGGCUGUCAAUCAACGGUUUAGAGUUUUUCGAAAGAGUGAAUUCCGAUCUGAGGAAAGGAACUGCGGUGUACUCCGACAUCUCAGACUCUGAGUCCGAAGAGCGUUGCUCUACACAGAAAAGGGACUCUGGGAAGGAUUCAGGGAGCUCAGAUGAGGAGGAUAAGGAGCUGUGCAGGACAGAGCGAGGCACAGGCAGUGUGACGGACCUGCAGCAGGCCAGCCAGGCCCUCAGCCACCAACACAAACCACUCAAAGGAGAACAUCCUACCUCGCCAACCACAGAAGAGGAGGCUGUUGAGGGCAUGCUGUCCAUGGCAGGGCUGCUGUACCCUCAGCGACCAGAGGAGAGUAGCACUGCCCAGGAGCCCUGGUGGUCCAGCCCAGCCCAUCGCUCCCCUGACUGUGGUGAAAGAGAGCCUGCGUCAGGGGAGGAGAGCCAGGAUUCAGACAGCAACUCCACACUGAGCCUUCAGGAUGAGCGGAGGGCCCAGCAGCAUAUGCGUAAGGAGUGUCGAGCUGAACUCAGCCAGAGGAUCCAGGAGAACAAGAACUUCAUGGACAGUCAGAGCAGUGGGAGUAACAGCAGCGAGGCCUGGGGGGACCAGAGCCCCUCUCGGGCUGCCUCUAGCCCCCUCUGCCUGGACCCCAGCCCAGGGACUGACUAUCAGUACUGUGAGACCACUCUGUCACCCCCCCUGCACCCCUCCAAGAGGUCCGCCCCAAACACCCCACCCAUCAGUAAUCAAGCGACUAAAGGAAAACGUCCUAAGAAGGGUAUGGCCACCACCAAGCAGAGACUGGGGAAGAUUCUCAAGCUGAGCAGGAACAACCACUUUUUGCUAUAGCACUCAAGACCCUUAUGUCCCCAGUAAAAACUUUAAGGAACAACUCGACCCCUGCCCAUAUACUGAGGAUGCGUCUCUUUCAGCUUCGACUCUCACAUUCUAUCAAAAAUCAUCGCUUGGAUGGACUGCCCUGAAUCACUGACUCCACAUGCUAGAUGACAAAGACACGAGCGAGCGCACCGUUUGCCAUGGUGAAGUGAUGGUUCCGCUGGAAAAACAACUGCAUGGAUUCUCAGCAGUGACAUUGGAUUGUAUAUGUUGUAGUCAUCAAAAGAGAGAGACCGUACAUUUGGCUUUGUUUCAGAGUUGAAGCACCGCAACAACACAGGAUUGUCCAAAGAUGCAUGGCAGUGGGAAUUUAAAUUACGUCUUUUGAUACAACAACUUUGCAUCUGAGCCACACGCUUUUGUAUCUGUUUUGGCUGGUGCUUUACCCAAGGCUUGCACUAGCCCUUCCAACCAACACUACUUGUUAUGCCACGACAAGCAAAACAUGUUGUGCUUAAGCCGAGAAUGGCAAGUGAAGAUGCUGCUUUCUGCUACCUGGUUUUCAUCACCUUUUUGGGAGAUUGUCUUGUGUUAGUCUGACUGAAGAGCAAGAAUGGUGCUAUGGUGUUGGAACAAAUUUGAAAUGGUGCUAUAGUGUAUAUUCAUGCUAUCCUUUUUGCCUAGCCUCCUGUCACGAUCACAACAGUGAUUGCAUUUGAGAGAGGGGGGAGAUAUUUUGAUGCAGCACUCUAGUCACCUUGCCUUAUCAGCCUCCCAGUAUGUAAAAAGCUAUCUAUGAAUCCUAAUGCAUUAAGCCAUUCCAAAAAAUACCUCUCCCACCACAUUAAGAAUACUGCUUCUGUUUACUAAAAGAGUUACGAGCCUUAUUGCUCUAUAGUUGAUCACUCUAUAGUUGAUCAUAUCAAAUGUGUUCCUUUGGUGCCAUCUAUUGGUCAAAUUAGGGCAGGAGCUUGAGAGUGCUGUUAUUAUUAAAGGUUUCUGAAAUUGCAAAAAGCUUUUAUAUAAAGUAAAAAAUGUACAGAAUUUAUUUACAGAAAAUAAGUUAUCCAUAAUUUAUUUAACUUUCUCUUUUGGUGUUUAUUGUUCUGUUUCUUUUGCUGGUAUUGAAUUCUGUAAUGAGGGGGGGGAGUUAAUGACUAUGACAAUCCUGUUACGAUAGAUAGUGUAACGGAUGUGGGAUUUUCUUCCCUAAGAUGUUGUAUACUUUGCCUCUUACAUUUGUAUGGGUGGAUUUCAGCAAAAAUCUACAAAAGAUUAUACACAUUUCCUAUCUUCUAGUUGGGCUAAGUAUGAUACUUUGAUUAAAAAAGAUUGGUCAAGAACAUUUGGCUGUUUGUAUGAAAUUAAAAGAAUAUUUAUUUUUUUAUUAAUGUGUCAAAGGAAAAAUCCACUCAACUGUAUUUUGGCUUUUUUUUUUUCAUUGGUCCACUGUUGAUACCGUCCCAAAAUGUUUUGCAUGUCAGAAGUCAAGUUUUCAAGAUAGGAUUUUCAAGAAGCAAAGUGACACUUUGCUUCUUAAAAUCCUAUCUUGAAAACUUGACUGCUGAUAUGCAAAACAUUUUGGGACUGUAUCAACAGUGGACUAAUUUUUAAAAAAGAGUGGAUUUUUUUCUUUAAGUGACAGUUUGCUAUUGUAUGUAAUUAAGGCUACUGAUCCAGUUAUUGUUAAAGGGUAUGCUUAUUUUCCCUGUCACUAUAUAUACCCUCAUAUUGGCUUGAAAGACCUCAGGUUGGAUUUUGAAUUGGUCUUUUUUUUGUGAUAAUGCCAAAAAUGUGAGCACCAUGAAUGGCUUGAAAGACCUCUUACAUUUUUAGUGAGAGAUUGCUCCAGUUUGUGUCUUUCUCAGGGACCCAUGCUCUUGACUUAAGAAACGUUUGUUUUGAUAAGCAACAUGAAAUGACACAUCAUUGUGGACACAUUUUCUGAUCAUUGAUCUAUUCACUUUUUUUUAUUCUUUUUUUUUUUAUGUGUAGUUGGUAUUACAAGUGUCACUAAGAACCCUUUUAGUUGUACCCAUUGAGUCCUUUUUUAUAGAAAUGGAAUUGUAGCCUGUCCAACUUUCAUUCCAAAAUCGUGUUUUUUUUUUCCAUGUUAAUUGUUGUCACUUCAAACCGUGAAUGGUGGACAAAGUUACGACUGCUCAGGGCUGUUUGAUGGUGACCGUUUUCUAGACUAAGAAUUUCAAAUAUUUAGGUCGACCCAAAGGAAGCAAUCUCUUUUGAAUAUAAAAACAUUUAUUUCAUUUGGCACAGAGCAUGCCAACAGAGGGGACCCCAAGUAAAAUUAAGCCAUCACUAAAUCUUCACUAUUCUUGUGUGCUACCUGGCAAGACAUAUUGCACUAACUUCCAGGUUUAAGCAUGUCAAAUAGCUUUAAGUGCCACCCACCCAGAACCGAGUUCCCAUCUUUGACUGACUUAUUCUACAACCUCGUGUUAAUUGUGCUGCGCUCCUGUCUAGCUAUUUAGCCAUUUGCGGUUGCCUAUAUAUGCUGUAGAGAUUCAAUCAGAGAAACUUGACUUCACCUACUCCCAGCCCUUGUAAACAACAAUAACAAAAAGACAAAGCUUCUUAGAAGCAAAGCUCAUGAGUUGCUUUCCAGUUACUCAACUGUUUAACUUUUCAGCAUCCAACAUGUUUGAUCGUGCAUGGCAUUACUGGCCUGCUGGCAGGGUCCUAAUAUCCAGAAGGCUACUAUUAAUUGUACAGUAUUUAUUUGACUGCAUUUUAGAUCAGUUUUUCAUUUGUGUGAAGUAUUAUUGGUCAUGGUAUGUCUUUCUAUUCUGCAGAUUGCUUGUUUCAACGGCUAUAGGUUGUGAUCUUUCAAAACGAAAUAAGCUUAAGUCUUUUGACACUGUAAUCUUUGAACGUUUAUUUCUGUAUCCAAAUGUGGCCUGUAAAUAAAAUAUUUUUAAGCAAUGUU